AUUACUUAUACCAAGCCUAUAAUGCCCACCAACUCAGCAGCCUGGCUCCCCUUCCCCCAAGCCAACCCUCUCUCCAUCCAACCCGCACCCUACAACCCCCCAGCCCCUAACGAACUCCUUAUCCGCAAUGCCGCAGUCGCUAUAAACCCUAUCGACUGGCACCUCCAAACAAAAGCCAACUUCCCCCUCACCUACCCCACAAUCCUCGGCCACGAUGUCGCCGGUAUAGUCGUCGAAGUCGGUUCUUCCGUCACGAACUUCAAAUCCGGUGAUCGAGUCCUUGCGCACGCGAUGAGCAUGGCGACGCAACGGCCGCAGGAUGGCGCGUUUCAGUUGUAUACGACUGUGUUGGAUAACGUGGCGGCGCGGAUCCCCGGGACUUUGAGGUUUGAGGAGGCGGUUGUGUUGCCAUUGGGCGUGUCGACUGCUGCGGCGGGGUUGUUUCAGAAGGACUUUUUAGGAUUGGGGUUGCCAAGUGUUGAGCCGAUUUCGAGCGGUAAGACGGUGUUAGUUUGGGGUGGUGCGUCGAGCGUGGGGGUGAAUGCGAUUCAGUUGGCGAUUGCCGCUGGGUAUGAGGUUGUUACGACAGCGUCGCCGCGGAAUUUUGAUCUCGUGCGCAAACUAGGUGCGAGUGCAGUGUUUUAUUAUCGCAGUAGGACUAUUGUGGAGGAUCUUGUUGCCGCGCUGCAGGGUAAGGAACUUGCGGGUGUAUACGAUACCAUCCAUGCGGGCGGUGCGUUGCAGAAUUGUAUAGCUGUGUUGGAUAAACUGCAAACGCGCAUGGUCGUUGUGACUGUGUGGCCUGCACCUGAGGAUUUGAAGACGGAUGUGGAGAUCAAGUUCGUUUAUGCGAUCAGCGUCAAGGAUAAUGAAGUUGGCGGAGCUAUAUACAAUGACUACUUGCCGCAGGCAUUGGAGAAGGGCAAGUAUGCUGCUGCUCCUGCGCCGCGGGUUGUUGGGAAAGGACUCGAGGCUAUUCAGACGGGAAUUGAUGAAUGGGGGAAGGGGGUAUCGGCGGAAAAGAUAGUUGUUAGUUUGUAGGAUAUACGCACGGGAUACUCCCUAAUACGGGAAGCAAAGAAAAACUGCAGGGGAUCAUAUUUUCCGCCUGUUAAGCCAUCUAGAUACAUAUAUACGGCGUAGUCACGACCUAGUUACUCUCGAACAAGCACACCUCUGUACCGCAUUUUCCCCUCCCUCAGAGUUUUCAUCGCCUCUUCAAUCCCAUCAAUGGUCAACGGAAAGGUCAUGACAGUUGGGGCGAUUCUCUUCUUGCUCGCAAAAUCAAGAAGGGUACGGAUGCUAUUCCGCGAAGAGACCAAAGAGCCCUGGAUUCGAACCCCUUUGAAGCAUAGCUCCAACGUGGGUAUUUUCGAAAGCUCAAACGUAGCAGUCAACGGGUAGAUGGUACUGGGCGUAUCCAUAAGGGCCAACAGA